AUGUCUACACUCGAACAAUUGCGUCAGUUCACUACAAUCGUAUCCGACACUGCCGACUUCGAAAAACUUGGCCAUUACCAACCCCAGGAUGGUACCACCAAUCCUUCACAUAUCUUGAACGCGGUAAAACUACAAAAAUAUACACAAGCAAUAUCUGCAGCUGCCUCGUACGGGAUCCCGCAAUCUCGAGACCUCGAAACCCGGGUUCAACAUGCAAUCCUACACCUGAUCGUGUCCUUCGGUGUUGAGAUUCUCAAGCGUAUACCUGGCUGUGUGUCUACUGAGGUGGAUGCAACGUAUUCUUUCGACCGCGACAGAACGAUUGCCAUGGCGGGGGACGUGGUUGGACUGUAUGAGAAAUUUGGAGUCUGCCGCGACCGGGUGUUGAUCGGGAUCACGUCCACUUGGGAGGGAUUGCAGGCCUGCCAGGUCCCCGGGCAGGAGGGCAUACACUGCACCAUGACUGCCAUGUUUUCAAUGGUCCAGGCGAAACUCGCAGCGGAAGUGGAAGCGUCGGUCAUAUCACCUUUUGUUGGCCGGACCAUAGACUGGUGGCAAAAGUAUUUUCCUGGGAAGGACUAUACGGGGUUAAAAGAUCCGGGCGUCCAACUGGUGACCAAGAUAUUCCAUCAUUACAAGAGUUUGGGCAUCAAGACGCAGAUCAUGGCAGCCAGUCUCAGGAAUAUUGGCGAGUGUGUCCAUCUCGCGGGCGUUGAUCUCAUGACCAUUAACGUCGGGUUACUCGAAGAGUUGAAGAAUGCAGAUUACGAAGUCAAAGCCCGUUUGCUUGUCGCUAAUGGUGAACUCAAAGCUCACAAAGCGUCUCCUGAAUAUCUACAAGAUGAAGCGAAAUUCAGACUCGACCUCUUUACGGACGUGAUGGCCACGGAAAAGAUCAAUGAAAGUCUGCGCAUAUUUUUCAACGACGGCGAGGAACUGAAGAAAUUGCUCCGACUCGCCAUCAUCUCGCAGAUAGGGCCUGGACAAAACGGCCACCACAAGAGCGACCUGAUGUAG